AUGAUGGCUGCUGCUCGGAAUUUUGGAAUGCAAAGGACAAGUGUCAAUCUCCCCGCGGAGCUAGCCUAUAUCGCUCGACAGCGACCUGAACUGCUAAGCGCGGCUGUGAGAGAAUUUGCGGCGGGCGUCGACAAAGAGGAGGUAUCUGAACGUCGCUCAUCGGACAGUGAAGAUGUCAUGGUUCACGUUAAUCUUAACGCUACUGAUUGGCAGGUAAAAUGUGUACUAUAGCU